AUGGUAGUUAAAUUCUAUUCUAUGUUUUUAAAUGAAUCGAUUCUUAUGAAACGGAUUAGUACGCAAAGUGAGAGUCAGGUUAGUCAGGUGAUCACACCGGGCCAGACUAGUCUGCAUGCUACUGGUGUCGCAAGAGGUCAAUCUGGCAUACCCAGAUUGGCUGAUUGUAAAAAAUCCAAGGCAAUAGGUGGUAGUGACCUAAGCGGCGAGGUACCUCUGGACUUCUCUCCAAGUACCUCCAAAGCCGCGAAAGCCCAAGUCGUCAAGGCGGCUAAAUCCCCUGUUUCGGGUGCCUCUAAGGGGGAAGCGACUAAGUCGCCCCUCACGGAUGCUUCCCAUAUGCCAAUUGUGCGCUCAGGUCUUGUGAAGGAAUCCUCCUGUCCUGAAGACGCAUCACCCCUGGCCAAUCCCGGCUCUGAAACUAACCCCAGGCAUAAAAACCCUGCUAGAAGGGCUGCUACCACCAGGCGUUCCGCUUACCGCUUUGUUGAGGCACUUGGCUCGAAAAAAGUCGAGGACCUCACUAAGGAGCAACAAGCUUCGCUUUCCUGGGCGAAAGCCUAUAUUGCUGGUCUCAAGACCGCUCCUCCUUCUGCUGAACUACCAGCGGGGCCUAAACGGCAACGUUCAGAGGAGGAUACAGCGACCAAGAGCCAGCAACCGGGACCUAAACGUCCCAAAGCGGCACAAAGGUCGUUAGCUAAAUCCUUUAGCGAGAUUGUCAAAGACAGUCUUGUUAGGGCGGUUAUCGACCGGAGUGCGAAUGACGGAUCCAUAUCUCAAUUGAAUUGGGAUAUGGUGAAGCAAAAACUGGUAGGGGUGUUUUGGAAAGUUCUCAAAGAGAACCCAGGCACUCCUCCACAAUGCGAUGACGCUGGUUGGUACCAGGGUCACGUAAAACUUAUGUCUUGUGUAGAUGAACGCUCAGCGUUGCUACUAAAGACUGCCGUCGCAUCACUGGGUGAGGUUUGGCCGGGGUCUAGGCUUGAGGUGGUAUCUGUGAGUGAGAUACCCCGAAAGCCUAGAUCCAUAGCUAAAAUACCAGCUGAGCCAUCUAGCCCGGAGGAGAUCUUGGAGAUCCUUCAGUGCUGUAACCCACAGCUUCCAACUCAAGACUGGAAAGUUGUUAAGGUUACGGACGCUGAGGGCUCUUCAAGGAAAGCGAUCGUUGUCCUGAAUAAGGACUCUUUGGGGCCGCUAAGGAAGGCACAAGGGAAGGUCUACUAUGGAUUUGGUACGAUCAUCCUGCGUGUCUACCGUAGCGACAACAAAGGCGAUACAUCCUCAGGUGAUGUAAAGCCCAUGCUCUCGGAAGAGGGCAUGGAUUGCAAUGACGCCACUGAUCCAGCCGACACUGAAGAUACCAACUCAGUCUCUGAACUAGUUGGUACAUUCUUUGAACGGAUGGAUGAGGUGGUGGACGAGGACGCCCUCCUGAAUUCUGACCAGGAGGACGCCGACGUCACUAUUGUAAAAAUGGAGCAUGGUGAGGGUGACCCAGAUAAACCUUCACCACUCUAAAGCAGCAUCAGCUGCACUGCUCCUCCGAAUUGCUCAGAACGGGGAGGAGCUAGUCAUGGUCCAGGAACCUUGGGUCCAUCAGGACCGUAUCUGUGGACUAUGUUUGAAGGGCUAUAAGCUCUACUUCGCUAAAGGCGCAGUAAUGAAGAUACAGUAGCAGUCUCAUGGGAAACUAAUGAAGGCUGUUUGUUAUGGCUGAUAUCCAGCUACAUGGCGCAUGACCACGGGGAGCAUCCACCAAACGAUGAUAUCCGUAGUGCUGUGAAAAAGGCG